CGAGCUGCGUGGCUCCUGUCCCUUUGCCUCCUGAUGCAGGGUCAUCUCCGUGUGGCAGCUGCACCCCUCUCCCUGGGGGCUGGGGAGAACACCCCCCCAGGCCAAGCUGUCCCCAAGGCUCCUAGCGUGCCUGCUAAUGAGAUCCAGGUCCGCUCGUUGCUAGAAACGGGCCCAGUAGCAGCAGCCCAGAAGGACAGUGGAGACUUGGACCUCUUCCAAGACGUGGACCCCAAGGCCUUGGCAACGAUCCUCCUGCAAGCCCUUCAGCCAGAGGCCAAGAAGCCCAGUGGCCAGCAGCUGAGCCCCAAACCCAGCGCCAACGAGGAGCGGGUCCGGAGUGAGACCAGCAGCUCUGAGGUACAGCCAGAGAGGGAGCAGGAAGACUGGAAAGCCGGCAACGGCGCAAGCUCCCCCCACGAGGCGCAGGAGGGAGAGAGCCAACCCGAAGAGCAGACCUUCGACCUGCGGGAGAUGGAGACCUUGCAGGCCCUGCUGCAGGACCUGCAGCAUUACAGGCCCACGGCCAAGCGGGAGGAGCCCUCUCGGGACUCCCAGGCAGGCCCCCCGGAAAGCCCCCCAGGCGGUGAUGUGCUCCAGGAGCUGGAAGAGUACGAGCACCUGAAGGCACACAGCAAGCGCAAGGCCCCCGCCUCCACCUCCACCGAGCCCUGGGCGGGGGCCCGGAAGCUGAAGCAGCAGCAGCACCUGGAGCACCAGCUCCUGCAGCGGCGCUACGAGGAGCUGGCCGAGAGCCGGAGGCAGGCCGAGGAGGCGCGCCGGGCUGCGGCAGAGGAGGAGCGCCUGGCGGACAUGGCCUCGGACCUGCUCCUCCAGUACCUGCUGAAGGACGGGGGGGACGGAGAGGAGGGGCGGCAAGGCGCCAGCACCCAGGAGGAGUCCGAGGAAGAGGGCGCCAAAGGGAGCCCCCUCCUCUUUGAGGACGAGGAGAGCAACGUGGCUGAAGACAAGCGCUCCAACGAGGUGCCGGAGGAGGAAGAGGAGGAGGGAGAGGAGGACAACGACAUCGACCCCAGCACCAUCGACCGCUUGAUCGAGCUCUCCAGCAAGCUGCACCUGCCGGCUGACGACGUCAUCGACAUCAUCAAUGACGUGGAGAAGAAGAAGAAAGAGGACCUGCCGGAGCCCAGCAGCAAGAGCCAGCCCCUGGCAGCCCCGCCCCGCCACAAGCCCAAGAAGGCCCCGCCUCGUGCUGCCCUCCCGCAAGGCCCCAGGCUCAUCCCAAAGCCCUACUACCCGCCUGCCUACCAGCCCUACCACCACCUCCCAAAGCAGGACGAGGCCUCCUGGAACGAGGUCUUGAAAGGCAACGAGUAUCCCGCGCCCAAGUGGUUCCGAGCCAAGCCCAGUGUCAGCAGCAGCAGCAGCAGCAGCAACCGGAGCAGCAAGGGCAAGGUCUCCAAUUACAUCAACCCCUGGACUUUCCAUCCUCCGGUCUACCACCACUACCGCCACCUGCCUGGGCCCAUGGUGCCGAGGGACGACUAUUACGACGCCAGCCAGGACCGUGAUGAGGUGCUGGAGAGCUACAUUGAGAGUGUGCUGAUGAAGCAUCCCAAAGCUUUCCAGUGAACGUGGCAGCUGCCGUCUCCCCUUCUCACUCCUUUCCCCACCCAAAGAAACUUGGCCACUCACCGUGUUUCUGACAUGACUUCAGGUUCUUGCAUGAGUCAGGAGAACAAAGCCUCCCCACCUAGUGAAAGGCCUCCACAGAGGAUGUCCAGGUGCAACCCGGUUGCCUUCUCACCAUCAGGAAAGUAAAACCUCCUGCCCCCCAUCCCAUCCCCAUCUCCUGGACCUCAGGCGGCUGCC